AUGUCACUUCCAGACGUUUUGAAACGUGGCGAUGACUUUCUGGCGGAAUAUCCACGAAGAUCGGUUUUAUGGAACCUAGCAUCUCACGGGACAUGCCUUUUCACAGUAGGCGUUUCCAAGUUAAUAUUGAAUGCAUUUUAUAACGUGAAGUUGAACAAUUACGAAAAUUUGGAACACGCAAUUGAAAGAAGCAGUUUAGAGAAUAGGGGGCUUAUGACGGUGAUGAAUCAUAUGUCGGUUGUUGAUGAUCCAUUUUUGUGGGGUGUCUUUCCUUGGAAAAUGUACCGAAAAAUGGAAAAUAUAAGAUGGUGCUUAGGAGCUCAAAACGUUUGUUUCCAGAACAAAUUCUUCUCAACUUUUUUUUCAUUGGGUCAAGUUUUGUCUACUCGCAGAUUUGGUGGCGGACCUUUCCAAGGGUCCAUCGAUGCGUCGAUUCGGCUUCUCUCCCCAGACGACACUUUGGACCUGGAAUGGAUACCGCACCGUGAAGAACCCAGCAAGCCUGCCAAGCCCUCAAAUUUAGAAGUUGCUUUCCAAAAUGCCAAGAAAGAGUACCUUCCACCAGUAGCACGCACAAAACCAUCGUGGGUCCAUGUUUAUCCGGAAGGGUUCGUGCUACAGCUUCAUUCACCUUAUGCCAAUUCGAUGAGGUACUUUAAGUGGGGUAUCACAAGGCUUAUCCUCGAAACUACAGUGCCUCCCAUUGUGGUACCGAUGUUCGCAACGGGGUUCGAAAAAAUCGCACCAGAAUCUGCCGCAGGGACGCUCAUCGAGAGGUAUUUACCUCAAAAUUUCGGUGCUGAGAUUAACGUUACGGUGGGUGACCCGAUCGAUGAUAAAAUUAUUGAGUCUUAUCGUGCUGAAUGGAAGCAAUUGGUCGAGAAAUAUCACGAUCCACAGAACCCUACAGACCUCACAAUGGAACUAAAAGUUGGCCAGGAAGCUCAAGAUCUUCGCAGCAGGCUCGCUGCGGAACUAAGGACGCAUGUUGCGUUUGUCAGACACGAACAAAGGGGUUUCGAAAAGGAAGACGAAAGGUUUGCAAGUCCUUUUUGGUGGAAAACUUACACUCAAAGCGAAGGGUCUUCAGACCCAGACGUUAGAUUUAUCGGUAAGAAUUGGGCAAUUCGUAGGCUGCAAAAAUUUUUACAGGAGGAAGAGCGUAUUCAAAAUGAGUUGAAUGAGUUAAAUCACCCUCCGAAGGAUUGA